AUGGAGGGAUAUACAAAGUCUCAUGAUGUUGUGGUAGAGGUCCCAGAGAACGAGAACAUCAAGGCAUAUACAACUAGGGUGGAGUCAGGACAUAUCUCGGAGCCUAGCAGUAGUAAUGGUAGCAACUUGACUCUAAAUGUUAAAAAUGAAUACGAAAAUAUAUCCAGUGAUGGCAAGGUUAUAGAUAGAUAUCAAUUAUUAAAAGAAAAGGGCUAUUCUCACGGAUUUCUCUUAGAGGAAGCAUCGAUUUCGGUGACCUGUGAGACUCCAGACCCUCAUUUACAGCAACAACGAAAGGUGUCUAGGUUUGGCCGUGAGGUCCACGAAAAUACGAAUGUGUUUCCAAAUAAAAAGGGAAGCUACAAAUGUGAUUCAGAAGCAUCAAACAGGUUCCUAGAGAAUGUUUUUAAGACUAAUUCAUACCCUACGAGCAAAGAACGACAUAUUAUUGCAAAAAAGUGCGGAUUAAGUCCAACUCAAGUGGGUGCAUGGUUUACAAAUAGAAGAAACGUCUCAGAAUGA